AUGGUUGAAGGCCACGGUCACCUGCAUGACGGCAUCCUCACUGUUCUCGUCGUGCGCGCCGAAGAGCAUCACCUGAGAUCCGGUUCUUCGGACGAUUAAGAGGGUUUUCUGAUUUUUAUAGAGAAGAGAAGCUAUGGGGAAAUAUGGUCGCUGGUCUCUUCUAUUGAGCACUCUUGCUUCCAAGUUUCCAUUCGUCGGAAGAACUUUUAGAGAGAGAGAGGGAGGGAGAGAUGAUGGGAACCUCGUUGUGAUGGGUAAAAUGAUUGUUGGAGAUGGUGAUGGCGGUGGAUGCGUUGAUGGCAUCGAUGAGGCCGUCCAUGCAGUUGGACAUGGAGACGUGGUCGAUCCAGAUGUUGGAGGAGCCGAAGAUGGAGAUGCCGUCGCCGUCGCUCCUGGUCCGUAGGCCGUAG